CUGGCUGCUGCAACUGGAGUGCUCUCCAUCACAGAAAUAAAGAAGAAGGAAUGGCUCUUCUCCAGUCAGCUGCCACUCUCUCUCAUCGCUCCAUUUGCUGCUCCACCACCUCGUCUCCGAUCACUCACUCUUCUUCUUCUUCUUUAACGGCAUCUGCCUCCAACUGGGCUCCCAGCAACAACAAGUACAGAAACAAGAAUGCUGCCCAGCUUGUGGGCUUCGUCAGGAGGAACAAGUCCUUUGCCGUCAGCUCUAGCUUGGACACUGCCGCCACUGUCGGCCAGGUCACCGAGGUCGACAAGGACACCUUCUGGCCGAUCGUUAAUGCCGCCGGCGACAAGACCGUCGUCCUUGAUAUGUACACCCAAUGGUGCGGUCCCUGCAAGAUUAUAGCUCCAAAAUAUCAAGAAUUGUCGCAGAAAUACGACGAUGUCAUAUUUUUGAAGCUUGAUUGUAACCAAGAAAACAAGCAGCCAUUGGCAAAGGAGCUUGGAAUAAGGGUGGUACCAACUUUCAAGAUUUUGAAGCACGACAAGGUUGUUAAGGAAAUAACAGGAGCCAAAUUUGAUGAUUUAGUUGCUGCCAUAGAGACUGUUAGAACGAGCUGAAUCAACUAUUUCUAUUGUAUUUUCUCCAUCUGAUGUUAAUAACGUGAUGCAAAAACGUUGCUUGGAAAUUAUUUUCUACUUGUAUGUAUCUAUAUGAC